UGGAAGCAACCUGUGUUACAAGGUGCGUCCCAUCGCGUGCUGAGACUAGGAUGCAGCAGUGUAGCAACAGGUGUCCAUCACGACAUUUGUGCUUGCCAUACAGGUAUAUGUUACAUGUGUGUGUGUGUGUGUGUAUGCAUGUGGUAAACAUUUCCAGGGAGGGAGCAGAUGUGAUGUUCAACUUAGGCAGGUCCGACGGGCAGGUUGGUGGCGGCGACUCUGAACCCCAGGGCGUCGGCGUGGUACUUGACACUCUGCACCAGGCCGUUGCCGUCUACGUAGGAGUAGCCGCCGACAGUGGAGCCGUCAGCGGCGCGGCUCUCAGUCUUGGCGGAGUUUCCGUCGGCGUAGCCGUAGGUGUACUGGCCGAGUUCGUCCUGGACGCGGUACUGGCUGGAGGCAGCCACUGGCAGGACGGCCGCGGCGGCGGGUGCGGAGUAGGCGACAGGCGCGGGGGCGGAGUAGGCGACGGCGGCGGGGGCGGCGGCGACCACGUGCGCCGCUGGGGCGGCGGCCACGACGGGGGCGGCGGCGGCGUAGGCGGCCACGGGACCGGCGGGGACCACCUGCGCACCGUGAGCGGCGACGGCGGAGUAGGCGAAGCUGCGGGCGGGAGCGACGGCCAGGGCGGGGGCGGCGUAGGCCACGGGGGCGGCGAGGGCGGUGGCGGCGGGGGUGGACAGCACGGCGGCGGGGGCGGCCGCGCUCAGGAAGCCGGGGCUGCGCUUCUUGCGGCCGAGGACGGCGGCCUUGGCGGCCAGGUGGGCGUCGAAGUGGGCGGCCUUGGCGGCGGCGACUUCGGGGGUGUCGGCGACGACGGCGGGCGCAGCGGCCACGGCGACGGCGGGGGCGGGGGCGGCUGCCACGACGGCGGGGGCGGGAGCGGCGGGACCGACCGGGAGGUUAGUGGCGGCGACGCGGAAGCCGUUGACGGGGUCGGACACGUAGUGGGCGCUCUGCACGAUGCCGUGGGCGUCCACGUAGGAGUAGGCGCCCGCGACGGAGCCGUCGGCGGUGCGGAUCUCCUCCUUGGCGGAGGGGCCGCCGCUGUAGCCGUAGUGGUACUGGCCGAGCUCGUCCUGCGCGUGGAACUGUGAGGACACGGCGGGCGCCAGCACGGAGGCGGCGGGCAGAGUCAGCGGUGCGGCGUGGAUGCCCAGCCCCGCGGCGUACGUGGUGGCGCCCAGGUAGCCCGGCCUGGGCUCGGCGAGCGCGGCCGCCACGGCCAGCGAGAG